GUUCCAUCAAUGGAUGAAUAGACUGCUCUGCAAAUUGAUCUGGAUACUCUUUGAAUCAUGCUCAACAGCCCUGCCUGCCAUGUUAACACCUCGUUAUUUGACAAUGCUCCUGAUGCCAACGGCAACACCACCACUCCAGCUGAGAAUCCUGAAAAGAUAAACAACAGCAUCAACCAUGGCAUUAACCAUAGUAUUACUCACAAUGUUAACCAUAGUAUUAACAAUAUUGCUAAUAAAGACAACAGUUUGCCCAUGGAUCCUAACAAAAAUAUCGCUAUCGCCAAUAAGCCUGAGAACAAUACCAAAUCGGUUUCUAUUGAGGAAAAUUCAAAUAAUAAACCUAAUAAUAGGCUGAAGAAUAUAAAUUCUAAUUCACCCUCUCCAGAAAAUCUAAUUCGACAAAAUGAACCUAAUUCAAACAACAAUGAAAACAAAACUACACUGCAUUCAAAUCUGAAUAAAUCUUCUAGCCAAUUUGAUUCUAAUUUACUGCAUCAAACUGAAUCCGAACAGACUAAUGACACUGAAAAGACUCAAAGCAAUGAAAGUAAUGAAAGUAAUGAAAGUAACGAAAGUAAUGAAGGCAAUGAAAAGAGUGAAACAACUAAAAAUGAAAAAAAUGAGAAAAAUGAGAAAAAUAUAGGAAAUAAUAUUCAAAACGACAAAAAAAUUCUUCAAAAUGGCGAUCAUUUAAAUAAUCAAAAUGGCGAUCGUUUAAAUCUUUCUAUAACCCAUGAAAUCUCAAAUAAUCAAAAUACCACUCAAACUGAUCCCCAAAAUAAUCCUCAAAAUAAUAUCAAAAAUAUACAAAAAGCCUCUCAAAUCACAAAUAAUAAAAUCACAAAUGGAAUAAUAUCCUUUAAGGAUUCAAAUAUUGAUAUAAAUACAACUUCAAUUCAAGAAAAUCUCCUCAAUUCCCCUAAAGAUAAAACCAAUAACGAAAAUAAAAUUCAUAAUUCAAAUCAAAAUAAUCAAAAUAAUCAAAAUAAAAAUCAAUCUAAAAAUGACAUUAAAAGUGACAUUAAGAUAAACAAUAUAAAUAAAAAUAAAAAUGAAAAUGAAAUUGAAAACAAAAACAAAAACAAAUCUACAAACAAAGCAAAAAAUGAAAACAAAAAUGAAAUUGAGAAU